AUGAAUAAAAAAGUUUCGAGCACAACACAAGCAAGGAAAGGCAGGAACGAAUUGAUCAAUCAGCAAUUGCUUUGCUAUCGAUUUAAUUGUGCAAUAAAAAUUAAAUUGCGAAUUUAUUCACUUAGAUGUUUCGAUGAUCAAGUGUCGUCGAACACUUCAAUGAAGUGCAUGAGAAAUUUUCGAUUGUGUAAUCAAUGGAUGGAAAAUUGUAAAGUUAAAAAACGUUGCCCAAGUCCUUCUUCAAGCCCAGAUCGUUAA